AUGGUGAAUUGGCUUGUCCUUAUAGGGUCCUGGCGACAUGUGUUUACUGAGUGGUCCAUGGCCAAGAUGAGGCAUCCAAUCUACGUGAGGCGAGACCCCAGCAUCCCCACCUACGGACUCCGGCAGUCUAUCUUACUGAACAGCAGGCUUCAGGACUGCUAUGUGGACUCCCCAGCUCUCACCAACAUCUGGACGCCCAGGACAUGUGCAAAGCGGACCAUCAGUGCCCCAGCACCAGGUACCACCUCUUCCUGGGAAGUUGUCAAGAAUCCGUUCAUUACCAGUUCGCUCUCCCUGGUUAAGCUGGUGCUCAGGCGACGACUGAAGGAUCAGUGCUGCCCGGUACCAUGCAAGUUUGGGGAAGCAAAACCGUCGAAGCUAGUAGAGCCCAAGGACGAUUCAGCAACGAAAUCCACUCGGCGGGGCAGGAUGAGGAACUCCAUCAGCUCCCAGAGCAAGCAGCCCCUCGGACAGCAGCCGGGCUCGCCGAGGCGCAGGAGGCCUGCAGGAAGCAACAACGAGAGUAAAGAAAGUUCAAAGGAGGAAAAAGUAACAGUCAGCCAAGAUCUUGAGAGCAGAUAUGCCGAACAUGUGGCCGCCACCCAAGCGCUACGCAGGGACGCGGGGACAGCAGCCUGGAAGGGCCAGGCGUUGCUUCCUGAAGCCAGGAAGAGACAACAGUUGUCAGACAUGCUAACCAUCCACGGCCUGCCCACAGAGGGUUACCGGGCUCUGUACCAUGCUGUGGUCGAGCCGAUGCUGUGGAACCCUUCGGGGACCCCCAAGAGGUACAGCUUGGAGCUGGGCAAGGCCAUCAAACAGAAGCUCUGGGAGGCUCUGUGCAGCCAGGCUGCCACCCCUGAAGGUGCUCAGAGGGACUCGUUGCCCGUCAGGAUGUGGCUGGAGGUCGACAAGGAGCCUGUGCCCAAGAAGUGGCCCAGGUUAAAGAGGGAGAAAUAGAAACAGGAUCGCACAGAUGAGGCUAUUCUCUGCUAGAUGUCUAAACAAUAAACACCACUUUGCACCUUUCCGGU